AUGUCCUGGACAAGCACCCUGGGGUUUUCUGAUCGAUUGAGGACCAUCCAGUCUCUCACCACGGUCUACCAACAAGCCUCCUCAUCAGCUGCAUUUGCUGAGGCGCAAAGCCAAGCACGGCGGUAUGAGAAUGAAGCCUACAGCCAGGCCACCUCGAAGGAAGAGUAUGAUCGGAUGUGUCAACAAGCAAUUGACGCAGCAGAGACAAUGGGGUCUGUAGCCCCCAUGAUUAGCAGCCCGCUUCAAGUACAGGAGAACUUCCAGGAGCCAGAGCCAUCGGCGGACCCGUCCACCGGGGAGAGAUUUGGCCAGUAUACCUCCUGUUUUCAUCAUUUUGAUGGGCUCCAUUCCACCAUUUACAAGUCUAAAGCCGAGAAUGGCACGCUUCGAGCCAUCAAAAUCACUAUCCCGCAUCUCAUGACGGCCCCCCAUGAUGUUCACCGCGAGGCCCGAUUGCUCCGCGAAGCCCAGAGCCCGCGAGUAAUCUCGUUGAUCGAGACCUUCACGCUUGAUGAAGGGAGACUGGUCUUGGUCUUUCCGUUCCUGCGACAUGACUUUGAGCACUUACUUCGACGUGGUAUGGUGACGGCUACCCAAACGCGAUCGGUCUUGCGGGACCUGUUUGCUGCGCUAGCCCAUAUUCAUGAAAUGGGGAUCAUUCAUCGUGACAUCAAGCCAUCAAACAUCCUAAUGGAUUCUCCAAGUGGACCCGCAUAUUUGGCAGAUUUUGGGAUUUCGUGGAAAGAAGGCGAUCCGGGGUCCGAACCCUCUCGCCAGAAGAUUACCGACGUAGGCACAACCUGCUACCGACCGCCUGAAAUUUUAUUUGGGUACAAGGAGUACGGGACAACCCUCGAUCUCUGGGCCGCAGGGUGUGUCGUGGCCGAAGCGGUGACCGUGGACCACCACCAACUCUUUGAUUCGGGGCCCCUUGGGAGUGAUCUGUCGCUCAUCGCUUCAAUCUUCAAGGCACUGGGAACCCCCGACGAACAGACUUGGCCGGAAGUACGAGUACUGCCAGACUGGGGCAAAGUCGAAUUCCACCCACUCCCUGCACGAUCCUGGGAAGAUAUUUUGCCUGGAGUGUCGUCGACCAGCCGAGAUUUAGUUCAACGCUUGUUACGCUACGAGAGCAGUGCAAGGCUCUCGGCCGCCGAGGUAUGUGAUGUGAUUUGGUGGGCCAGCGACGGUAUCUCACAUUCGAAUCAUUUUCCAGGCGCUACGACAUCCAUAUUUUUCCAAGUAGAAAUGCGAACGGCACACCGUCUGGCCUCAAAAAAAUGA